UAACUAAUAUUAUUGACAUCUGUCAAUGGGGCUAAAUAGGACCGAUAAGAACUUGUUUAUAAAUUAUACUUAUAUUUUGUUUAUAUUAAAUAUAAAUUAAAUCAAGCUACUUAUUCAAAAGAAAAGGCAAUUGAACGUAUUUGAUUCCAAUAUGCCAGCUACCGACUUACUUUCAAGUCAGGGUUUACGACUAGAUGGUAGAAGACCUAAUGAACUUCGCCGUAUCAGAUGUAGACUCGGUGUUUUCACUCAACCCGACGGCAGUGCCUACUUAGAACAAGGAAACACAAAAGUUUUAGCUGCAGUUUAUGGACCUCAUCAGGCAUCUAAAUCAAAACUUUCAACAGAAGGAGUUGUUGUUAACUGUCAGUACAGUAUGGCUACAUUUUCCACAGGUGAAAGGAAGAAUCGACCCCGUGGAGACCGUAAGUCCCAAGAGAUGUCAAUGCACCUGCGACAGGCCCUCACCGCUGCCAUCAAGACGGAGCUGUACCCACGCUCACAGAUAGACAUCUAUGUUGAAGUUUUGCAGGCGGAUGGUGGCGCGUACUGCGCCUGCGUGAAUGCGGCCACGCUCGCGCUGACGGAGGCGGGCGUGCCGCUGCGUGCAUACGUAUGCGCCAGCUCGGCGUCCAUGGCGGCGGCGGGCGCGGGCAGCGCGGGUCCCGAGCCUCUGCUGGACGUCGGCCACGUCGAGGAGGCGGCCGGCGGCGUCGUGCUCACCGUCGCCGCGCUACCCACCACUGGCCACAUAGCACUAUUAGAAAUGUCGCACAGACUGCACAUGGAUUACUUUGAUAUCGUAUUGAGCAGAGCUAUGCAGGGUUGCAGAGAUAUAGAGGUAAUAUUAGAUAGAGCUGUCAGGGAUCAUUUAGCGGAAGGAUGGACGAAACAGGAUGUAAUGACGAUAUGAAAUAUAUGCUUAUUUGUUUAUAUA